AUGGCCAAGGGCAAGAAGAUCCAAGCAGGGCCGGCCGCGGACGCCACGCCCAAGGCGCCCAAGGAAGCCAAGGCGCUCAAGGAAGCCAAGCCCGCCAAGGAAGCCAAGCCCGCCAAGGAAACGAAGGUGACCAAGGAAGCGAAGGCGACCAAGACCAAGGCGCCCAAGGUGGACGUCGUCAAGGCGCCCAAGAAGGAUGCGCCCAAGAAGGCAGGCAAGAAGGCUGCGAAGGAAGACACGACUGAGGUGAUGACGACGGCCGCCAAGUCGGCCAAGUUUGGCCAGAGCUGGAGCAAGAAGGAGGACAAGAAGCUCAUCGCUGCCGUCAAAGAGCAGGGCAAGGGCCAUCAGGCCAACUGGAAGCUCGUGGCCAAGAGCGUGCCGGGUCGCACGGCCGGCGC